AAAAGUGCUCGGUCCUAUGGUGGUGGGUGGGAAGUGAGGCAACAACCUAACACAAGCCGAAGCCGAAAGACCGGAGAGAAAAUCAAGGUAAUCUCGGCAGUGACGCCGAUUGCCCCGCCUUUUCCCCGCCGAUUUUCCACCGGGGUCAACGGGCCACCCCUGUCUUCCCGUCUGCUCUGUUCACAAGGCUACCGACAGGGACAUUCCAGGCGCCGUGCACUAAAUCCGGACAGUGGCCUGUCAUCAGCCGCCCCCUAUCGGCAAUCUCGUCCCAACUCACCUUCUUUCCCGCCCGUUCACCUGCCACUCUUUUUUCCAUAUCCGUCACCUCACCUCCAGCUAUCACCACCACCGAUCACCUCUCUUUUUUGGAGACACGCUAACCUCUCCGCCUCCAGGAUCGAACCAUCCCUCCGCGUCCGACGCGCCAUCACAGCAAACGACCCCCUCCUCGUCAAACGAAUCCUCAAAUCCCACCCCCGCCUCCUCCACAACCCAGACCCAUCCCCCGAAGCCCUCUCCAACUCGAACCUCCACCUCGCCGCCUCCCUAGGCCACCUCCCCAUCGCCAAAGUCCUCGUCGACCACGGCCACGAACACCCGGACCCGGCCCUCAACGAGCACCACCAAACAGCCCUCAUGCUCGCCGCCGCCGCGGGCCACACCGAGGUCGUCCACUUCCUCUGCGAGCGAACCCCGCACGUCAUCCUCCGCCGCGACAUACGCUGGCGCGACGCCAUCAUGGAAGCGAGCCGCGGAGGGCACGAUACCGUGCUGCAGAUCCUGCUGACGUACGUCCCCGAGGGCGCGCGCGCCGCCGUGCAGAGGGCUGAUCUAGACGGCAACACGGCGCUGCAUUUCGCGAGCAGUAACGGGAAUUUGCUCGUGCUGAGGACGCUGCUUGCCGCUGGCGCUGACGCCGAGAGGAGAAACGUAUGGAGCUGGACGGCCAUGUCGUACAGCGCGACCGUGCAGGCGGAAGUGUACCUCAAGGGGCUCGUGACUGAGGUGGAGCGGCGCAAGUUGGUGAGGCAGGAGGUUGAGCAGCUCAAGAACUCUGUCAAGGGGGCGGCUAGCAUCAAGGGCGGUGCUGUGCGGGUUGUUGAGGAGGAUGUCGAGGUUGAGGACUGA